CAUAAUUUCGCUUAUCAGGGACGCUGACGAUGUUUCCUGUUAGUUUGCAAUUAUGACACUGAUGUCCUGGCUCGCUCAUGCCCUUAUCUCACUCAUAGAGCAAUUUGCCGCUUUGGCAUUUUUCCUGUUUGGCCGAAAUCAGCAUCGGGCAUCAGAGCAGCCAUACAAAGGCACCCGGCCACCGCAGCCGCGCGCAAUCGCACUCGUGUGGGCCGAGGCGGCAGUGGACGAGGGAGCUGCCAAGCAAAUAUCAGACAUCCUAAAAUGGUGCGCACAGGAGGAGUUGAGGGAUUUCAUAGUGUAUGAUCCGUCUGGCGGGCUCAAGGCUCAUGCGGAGGAGCUCCGACGCGCUUUACAGUGCAGCGUUGAGGUGGGCUGGAGCCGGGACCCUGCCGCAGUUAAUCUGCUCUGCGGCGCAUGCGGGGAACAGGCGGAGGGUAGAGGAACAGCACAGCUGAAGGAGGUUCCAACGACCGCGCGGCUCGGCAGCGGCAAAACACAGGGUCUGCUCGCGGAAGCGCUCGGGGCUGCUGGCGCUUCUGAUGUGGGUCAGCAGCUGCUGCCUGGGGCCGAUCCAAGUGGCGGGGGCCGUGCUAGGCAGGCAGAGCGGGGAGUGAACGCAGCCGUCAGCAUGGAAGACCUAACUGUUCCAAGCUUCGGGCCCGCUGCGCCGUUGAGGUGUAGCGAGGGGCUGUGCACCUGCGGCGGUCUGCGGGGGCCUCGUGCGCCGCGGUCUGUGGCUGUCAUUGAUCGCGAUGCUACAGUAAGGGAGGCUGGGGCGCCCAGCAACAGCUGCAGCCAGUCGGUUCAGGCCGUCCGGCAGAGCCGGCCGGUGGGCGCCAGCGCCAGUGGGCGAAUGGUCGACUCACCAGACGCGGGAGCCGCCCGCCCCCUUCUGGCGGUGUCCGCUGCAGGCGAUGACGCAGUACUGGCGGCGGCAGCUGAUGCUGUGACGGUGGGGAGUUCACCAGCAGCGUUUGGCCCUUCAGCGGGCGCGCAACAGGAGCGGCAUGCAUCCAGGAGCCACCUGGGCCAUCAGGGUCAGGCAUCACAUAUUGCAGAUGGCUGCGGUGGGGCGAACGGCUUGCGGAGAUCGGAUGCGCUUGAGCCGAGCGUUGGUAAUAUGACCCAAGUGCGGGUGCGGGUGCUUUCGGCGGCGGAUGCCUACUCUCCAGUGCUGGAGGCGGCCCGGAGUGGCGGUCGGUGCGCUGGAUGCGGCGAGGUGCUGCCACUGCAGGGAGGCCCCUACCGCGAGGGUCUGGCGCGGAUGCGUGGACAGCUGCAGCAGCUGGCGGGCAACGAGGUACUGGUACAGCCGGAGCUGGUGCUGGUGGUAGGCCCAGCCCUGACGCUUGCGGGCUAUCCGCCCUUCCAGGUGGCAACCUCCGAGAUUUUGCACAUCGGGCCCGCGGCGCAGCUUUGCCGGAGCAAGGUCGAUGGCGCGCUUGCCAAGUACCUGCGCACUGAGCAGCGCUUUGGGAGCUAGGUUGGGGUGGAGCGCACUAGCAGGAGUCUGAUGAGGUGCUAUGGAAGGACACCUUCAGGAGCUGCGGCUGGUGUUUCGGGCAUUCCCUGUGGCGUGCCAUAACUUCAUGCCGUGACGCGACGCCGCCCGCCAGCGUGUGGAAUGGGCACAUGUUACGACAUGUUUCACUUGAACCUCGCUUAGUUGCGCGUCGUUUCAGCUGCCAUUUAUACUACCAGUGCGAGUCGCCGUCAGGCACACGAAACGUUCAUUGUCCUAUCAUAGGGCGCGACAGCACUAUGAUGGCGAUUGACAACUUGUGCGGGGCUCGCCGGUGGUAAAGUAGUGCAAGGUGUCCCCCCGUGCGGGUGUAUGCAAGCAACAUCAAAUGCAUGACAUUGCACACAUAUGGGCGGGCGUUAAACUUCAGAUCCGAGGUACUUAUUGGCGUGCCGGCUGCGCGGCUUACGAGGCUGCGGGGUCCAUUCUUGUCCCAGGACGGACUUGUUGGUAUUUAGUAAAGCAUUCUUUGGUCGUCGUCAGUCUUGAGCAUUGAGCCUGUCCGCCGGGCGUUGUCAAGGCCCAGCAAGGCCCAGCAAGGCCCUAGAAUGCCCAUUGGCAGUCUUGGCACAGACUUGCUGGCCUGGCCGGCUCACCGGACACGUCCUGCCCUGAUGAUGAGUACCCUUGCAUUAACUUGGUGCUCCAGAUCUC